AUGGUUAAGAGGAAGUCUGAUAAUGCUGAAGGUGCAAAAGUUAAAGUUGCAAAAGUGGGCAUAUCUGAAGAUACCACAGGCCAAGCAGCAGUGGAAGUAGAUGCCGGGAAUAACCAUAAUGGCCAUCUUCUCGAGGAUCUCGACCAUACCAAUAUUGAAAAAGACGAUAUUGGUGACCAAGAAGAGGAAGAUAGUGGUAGUGAAGAUAGUGUUGAUGAUGAACCACGUCAUUCAAACGUCUCAAGAAAACAAAAAUCACAACUUACAGCACAGGAUAUACAAGUAGCACGAGAGACAGCAGAACUUUUCAAAUCUAAUAUCUUCAAGCUUCAAAUAGAUGAGCUCAUGAAAGAAGUGAAAGUCAAGAAAAGCCACGAAGAGAUCAUGGAGAAAGUAUUGCAUAGGUUACAUGACUUAAUAAAAGAAAUUCCACCAGCAGAGAAUUUAACCUUGCAAGAAGCGGAGGGUUUGUUUAGUCACAAGAAAGUAGCUAUACCUUUUCCCGAUCCAAAACCCACGAAUGUCAAGUAUUCUUUUUCAUACGGACCGCCGGAGGAUUUAUCAUUAGUUGGAUCGUACGGAUUGAAAACUGGGAUUAACCAGGGCCUGUCAAUUGACAUUGCUUUAACGAUGCCACGGGCAAUUUUUCAACCAAAGGACUAUUUGAACUAUAGAGCAUUGCACAAGAGGGCGUUUUACUUAGCCUAUCUAGCUGAACAUUUAAUUCCGUUGACUAAAAAAAACAACCUACCAGUCAAAAUCACCUACUCAUAUUUCAAUGAAGAUGUGUUGUGUCCUAUUUUGCAUAUUGAAAGUAUCCAAACUGAGAACCCGGAUGAUCUAAUCUUUUUCAAGACCAAGUACAAAAUUAAUCUAAUUCCAGCUUUUUCAUUCACUAUUUUUGAUUCUAAGAAACUACUCCCAGAUAAGAAUUGUAUUAGAGUUCAAUCUGAAAGUGAGGAGUUGCCUGCCACACCGUUGUACAACUCAAGCAUUUUAAUGCAAACAUCUUACGACUACUAUCUCAAAUUUUUGUACUCGAUGAAAAAGUCUACCGAGUCAUUUAAAGACGCAUGUAUAUUAGGAAGAUUAUGGUUGCAGCAAAGAGGUUUCAACUCAACGCUUAGUGGCGGUGGUUUUGGUCAUUUUGAGUUUGCAGUUUUGCUAAGUGCAUUAUUACAUGGUGGCGGUUCAAGCGGAAACAAGAUCUUAUUACCCGGAUUCUCAUCUUAUCAAUUGUUCAAGGGUGCGGUCAAGUACAUAGCUACUAUGGACCUCAAUUCAGGCUACUUGUCCUUUUCAUCUGAGAUAGGUGCAAAUAUACCUGCUAAAUACAAACCAGAUGGUUUCAACGUGCCUACACUUUUUGACAAAAAUACAAAGAUUAAUAUUUUGUGGAAAAUGACGCCAGCUUCCUAUGAGGAGUUAAAAAGUAAAGCAGUUCAAACAUUAGAUUUACUAAAUGACGUGGUCAAAGAUAGGUUUGAUCCGAUAUUACUUCAAAAAUCAAAUUUUGAUCUUCUCAAGUUUGAUAUACUUUUGACAAUGAAUAUUGAUGAAAACUCGAUCGAAAAGUUUGGUCCGCUAGAGAAGAUAAGAUUUAUAACCUUUGAUAACUACAUGAGGAACAGGAUUUACAAUCUUGUAAGAAAAGCCUUGGGUGAAAGAGUGACAAUUGUGAGUGUUUGGAAAGACAAGGUCAAUAGGUUUUUCUCAAUCCAUAAAAGGAAACCGACAAACUCAUCUCAGAGCUGGGUCGUGGGCUUACAAUUAAACCCCGAUGAGUGUGACAAAGUAGUUACUAAGGGUCCAGAUAGUGAAGACAAGGAGAAAGGAGCCACAUUCAGGUCAUUUUGGGGCACAAGGGCUUCUUUGAGACGAUUCAAAGAUGGAUCUGUUCAGCAUUGUGUGGUUUGGAGUUUGGGUGACAGGGAGCCUAUAGCCGUUUCGAUCAUUAAAUACGUCUUGGAUUUACAUAUUCUGACUGAUGUGGCACAAUCGAUAAAUACGGAAUGUGGAUUGUACGAGAAAAAGCUUCCACUUUCAUUACUAUCCACUACAUCAAAUCAAGUUGUCCACGCUUUGUCGAGCUAUACAGUUUUGCGAAACUCGUUCGAUAACAUGAGCAAGGCUUUAAUCAAUUUGGAGUUGCCAAUAAGUAUCAAGUCAAUAUUGCCUGCUUCAUCUUCAUUGCGGUACACAUCAUUGCUACAACCCGUUCCUUUUGCUGUCUCCAACCCUGAUUAUUGGAACGAUUGUGUGGUCCAGUUUGAAAUUUCCAGCAGAUGGCCAGAUGAGUUGAAGGCUUUGGAGAAGACGAAAACCGCUCUUUUAUUAAAAAUAUCUGAGUUGUUGAGAGCUACUGAGUACAGCGCAUUUAUUACCCGCGAUCAUUCGAUACCAUUCAAUGAAGACGUUUGUUUGUUGAAUAUUUUGACUCCUGACGGCUUUGGUUUUAGGCUCAGGGUGCUUACUGAAAGAGAUGAGAUUUUGUAUCUCAGGGCCGUUAGCAAUGCUGACAAACAAAAGCCAAUUGCACAGGAUGUGUACGUAAAGUUUAUUCAAAAGUAUCAAGCAUCGCUGAAGCAUACACGAACUGUUACUCAACUAGCCCAGCAUUUCCCGUAUUACUCACCCACGGUAAGAUUGGUGAAACAGUGGCUAGACUCUCAACUACUUUUGAACCAUUUCAAUGAUGAGUUGGUAGAAUUGAUUGCGUUGAAGCCCUUCGUUGAUCCGGCACCAUACUCUAUCCCCCACUCAGUCGAGAAUGGAUUUUUGCAGGUACUUUUCUUUUUGGCCAACUGGAAUUGGAGAGACACGCCUCUUAUAUUGGAUGUUGUUAAGAGCACCGCAGAAGUGGACUCCAAGUUAAGCGACAGGUUGACAAUCCAGGCUUAUAGGGUUAUUGAACAAAACUUUAACAAAAUUCGUGAAACAGACCCUACCGGAAUUAAAACACAAUUUUUUGUUGGCUCAAAGGAUGAUCCUUCGGGGAUCUUGUGGUCAAGCAACCUCACUUUACCCAUCGCGGCUAGAGUAACAGCACUUGCGAGAGCAGCAACCACGUUAUUGACUUCGCGUGGUAACAACGAAUCCUUUUUGGAUUUGAUAUUCACCCCCGCACUAAAGGAUUAUGAUUUCAUAAUGGAAGUGAAAUCGCAGAACCUCACCACUUCUUCGGGCAUCUUACCUGCCAAUGCAUUUAAGAAUUUGGUGCAACCUUUGACCUCAUACCCCGAUGACAUCUCAUCUAAGCGUGAUUUUGUUCAAGCUUUUUACGACGAUUUGGACAACAAAUUUGGGCAUGCUAUUAUCUUUUCCACAAAAAAGUUUACUGGCUUGUGCAAGGACGGUAAGAACGUUAUUGGAGGAUUGUUUGUUCCUUCUAAUUUAUCGAAAAAGAAGUUUAGGACCAACUUGGGUAUCAAUGUGAGGCCUGAUGGAGAUAAAGAUGAGGUGGUUUUGAAUAAGGAAGCGAUUUUUGAUCAGAUAAAAUUAUUGGGCCAGAGUUUAAACUUGGAUUUUACGCCAGUGAAGUAA